AUGAUAGAUUUCGAAGCUGAAAUAGGUGAAGCUUCUUCUUUAAACAAAAAGAAUUAUGGCCGAAAAGAAGAAAAACCGAUACUAAAUGCAAUUUUUGAGUUUUUCUCUAUUCUAUACUAUCAAAAGAGCUAUUUAGGUUUGACUUUGCCACAACAAAAAGUCAAAAUAGCAAUUGAAGUCUCUUUAUGGUGCCUUCAAAUGACUAGUUUACUAUGAAUUCCAAACCUCCAAAUUGAAGAUUGAAAAGAAAAUAUGAUUAUGUGAAGAAUUAUUGGAUAUUUAAAAAUAGACAAUACUUGUUCAGCUCUUGGAAUUGCUGAUACAUGUUUAUAUAUCUUAAUGGCAUGCGUUUUCGCUGUUUUUUUUGGUAUGUUUGCUUUAGUUUUAGUUCUUUAUUAUUCUAUUAGCUUGCCAGCAAUUAUAUUUAGCGUAUUCAAAAGAUUAAUCUGUAUAUGGCUAAAUAUUCUGUAUAUACCUUCUUUGGAGUUAUUCACGAUAUUUCUUAAGUACAAUUUUUCACAGCAAAAAAAUGUUUUGGAAUAUGAAGAAAAUGAUAAUUCAGCGAAUUUUAAAAUAUCAAGUCCUAUACAAGCAUUAAGCUUUAUUGCCAUUAUAGUGAAUUUCUUGAUAUUUUUUUUGUAUUCUAUGCUUUCAGGUGAAAUUCGCCAUUGUACAGCAAAAAGUAUAGUAAAAGCCAAAGCACAUUCAAAAAUUGAGAUUCAUGCAGCAAUCUUUACAUUCGCUUUUCCGAUUUUGUAUUCGAUAUUUGCUGAUAAUUAUAUAAUACAUUUGCAGAUUUUAGCGCUUAUAAGCUCAGCAUUUUUAUUAGCUGAGACUAUUACAUUUUUGCCUUAUUUUUCAGAAUAUUGCAGCAUUUUAGUAAUUAUUCGGUUUUUUACAGUCACUUUAAUGUCUUUUCUUUUUAUAUUUGGCUAUUGCGUUGACAAUUCUCUAUUUAUUACUUUAUUUGCAAUUAUUUUAUUCCCUAUUUCUAUCGUUUUUAUCAUUAUUUAUGCUUUAAAAUUGCAAAGAAAAUUAAGCAAAAAUAUCCCAGAUAAUAUAUCAGGAAUAAAGAGCCAAUAUAAUUUAGAAAAAUCCCUCAGAUAUGCGUUAUGCUCAGGAAAUGUCGAAAAUAAGAAUGAAAUUAUUAGAAUUUUCGAAAAUUUUUUUAUGUCUAAGAGCUUGGAUAGAGAUAAGCUUCAAGUUAUAUGAGUAACAAACUAUUGUUUAUUUACUUUAAAAAAUGAAGCUUUAGCAAAAAUAAAAUUAUCAAAAAUUAAAUAUACUUCAGGCUGAAACUUAGAAGAAAAAUAUCAAGAAUAUUUGUGCAAUAAAAUUAUCAUGGAAUCAGACUCAAAUGAAAGUGUAUCAUAUGAGAAUUAUUAUCAUAAAAUCCAUCAAAUAAAACAGCAAGAUAGAAAACUCUGCAUCAAUUUAUCAGUUUUUUGGGAAGAAGUUACUUGCAAAAAACCAUCAUUUUCUAAAUUAAUCAAAUCGCUGAAUUCUAUUAAUGAUGGAAUUACUUUUUUGAAUACCGAAUAUAAACAGCUCACCACAAAAUACGAUAAUUCUAGAGAUGCCUUACUCUCCCCCCCUCCGUGAGUGAACAAAACCAUUAGAAAAAAUCCCUAUUUUUUGCCCAAAAAAAACACCCUCCGUAAGUGAACAAAAAUUGUUUUAAUAGAAAAAUUUUUAUGGAAAAAUUUUAUAUAUAAGUGAUAGUUAGACAAUGAAAUCUCGAGCUAAUUCUGUUUAAUUUCAAACAAAUUGCGUUUUAAAACAUAAACUUUAUAAAUUAAAUUAAUAUUUGCUUUCCAAUUUUUGCAAGUUAGGAUUUUUUUUUAAAAUUUUUAAAAAAUAUUUUUUCUAUAAAAUUUAUAUAUAAAAUUUUUUAAAAAAAAAAAUAACCCCCUCCUUGGGUGAACAAAUUUUUUUGUUCACUCACGGAGGUGGGGGAGUUAGGACUGUAUUUUUUAUAUAUGAGGAAUAUUUUGCAUGAUUAUGACAACUCUGAUAAACUCAAUUACAAGCUCAGAUUUUUUGACCGAAUUUUUUCCAGCAUAACAAAUGAAGCCCAGAAUUUAAGCUGUUUUAAUUCGAAUAACGGAAUUUUGCUAAUUUCUAAUGAAGAAAAAAAUUUUGGGGAAAUUCUUUUCGCAAGCUCAAGAGCUGCAGAAAUUUUUAAACUUUCGACACAUGGAAUUGUGGGGAAUAAUAUAAAUCAUUUCAUCCCAGAACCUUAUAACCAAAAAACAGUUGAUACUAUGAGCGAAAUGGUUCAUUUUAGCUCAAUAACAGAGAUAUACUUUAAUGAUGGCUGCUUCUUUAUUACUCCGAGGAAUUUCUUAUUAGAGUGCAUUGGGAAAGCAUCAAUAACUUCGAUUAAUAAUGUCAUUGCGACUAUACUUGUAUUCAGAUUAAAUAAAUCAACUCAUCAAGUCGCUUUAAUAUCUGAAGAUGGAGAAAUUUAUAGCUAUACUGAAGAUUUUCCUAGUCUUAUAGGGCAUGAUAAUUUAGUAGGAGCUAAUAUAAAAUCUUUAUUUCCGGAUUUAUACAAUUUUAUAUAUAAAACUAUUUUGUUUUAAAAAAAUAGAUUGAUAUUUUGAAAAAUAAAUGGAAGCAUUUUUAAUGUAAAAAUGUAUAGAAGAAAUAAAUUUUCAGCCGCUAGUUCCUUACAAUUUAUCUGGUUUUAAAAAUGAAAUGAUUUUAGUUAUGUGCUAUACAGAGUUUUAUAAUAUUAAAAUCCCUUAUGUGCUAUUGAUAAAUGAUCCUGAUGAAAUUCUUAAAUGAAAAGAUGAAAAAUGGAGGCAACAAGACAAUCUUCAAGAAGAAAACUUUGUAAGGCCUAUACCAUAAUAAAUAUGCGAUUUAGCCAGGGCAUUGCCUCCUGGCAAUGCAACCUCAAGAGCAUAUUUAGUUAUAUUCGGCAAGGUUUUAGUAACCCAGAAAUUGACAGCUAUUAGAUAAACAAUUCUGAUAAUACAAAGAGCCUAGCCCGAGUUCUUAUUCAGGAUUAGAUUUUUACCUCAAGGGAAAGAGUGAGUUCGAUUUGGAAAGAAAAAGCUUAGCAUCGUCUACAGUAAAAACCUAGACCAUUAGGGCAACUUCCUAACGUUAAACUGAGAGUUACACCUAGCCUGUAAUAAGUAAGUAAGACCGACACCACUGUCAUUCCAUAUGUUCAGAUCCUCACCUUCUGAAGAAAAUUCUUUACUAAUGUCCAAAGAAAUGCUUGAUCCUAAGUCAGAUUGUCUAUCAAAUCCAGACGAAACCACAAAAUUAGCAAGUAAUCACGCAUCUUCAAUAGUAAUAAAUCUGCCAAAAUAAUUUAGAUAAAAUUAUAUUUUUUUGUAAAAAUAAUAUAUUUUUGUUUAAAUUUAAUCAAUUAAUUCCUUUGCAUCUAUAUAAAGGGAAAAAAUGAUGACGAAAAAUCCCAAACAGAAAGCUCAUCUUUAAGCGUUUUUCUUCAUAUGAUGAAAAUUUCAUCAAGAGCAAUUGACGCAUUGCAUAUUGUUUUCGUUAUACUUGUAAUUUAUAAUUAGAUCGUUGUAGUACUUGCCACCAAUCUAGCUGUUUUAUUUUAUGCUUUUAAUGGUAUAGGUAUAGUCCGUGAUAUAAGUCUUCCAAAAACCAUAGGAGAUAUAGGCAAAGCAUUUCAGCAGCUUGGCGUUCUUUCAAGGCUGCUUUAUAUGCUUAAUGGAUUAGAAGGCAUCGAUAGUGUCCUCCAGCUUUGUUUUAAUCGUUUCCAAGAAAAUGUUGUCGCUCUUGAUAAUCUGUAUAUAAAUGCUGCCUCAAAUUUAACUGACUGAAAGUCAUGUUCAGGGACUAGCAUUUUUACUGAAAAGAACAUUAAUUUAGGGUGAGGAGGGUUAGGCCGACUGCUGUAGCUAUGUCUACGAUUUUUUAGUAAUAGCUUUUUUUACUUCAAAAUGGCGCGACAUAGGUAUUGGAAAUUUUUAAAAAAAUUCCCAAUUAAAUCACAACCUCUUUAUUAGAGCCGGCCUAUCGCGAUAGGGGGUAUCGACUUAGGCCGACUCACCAAAAAUUAUCGGGAUAGGCCGGAUCCGAAAAUUUGUAUAGUGUUAGGCCGGAAUUUUUUUUUGCCAAUAGAUUUAGGCCGUAUUUUUAAAAUUUUUUUUUAGCACUAGACUUAGGCCGGAAAAAAAAUACAGUCGUGCUAUGCCGAUUAUAUAUGCUAUUUUUCAAAUAAUUAAUUUAAUAAAAUAUAGUAAGAAUAUUGUAGGAAUAUAUGAAAUAAUCCGAAGCCUUUAAUCUAUAUGAUAUAAAACUCGCUUAAAUUAAUAUUGCUACGCUUAGUAAAAUAAAUUUAUUCUAUUAGAUGAUCCAAGUCUUGAUCUACAAAAGAUGGAAGCAUCUUCGUCUUGAGGUAUUGUCCAGAAUAUAUCUUUACCAGUAGUAAUCUUUGCAACAAAUAAUAUAUGGGAGCAUAAAAGUCCAUAUCUAUUUCAUUUGCCACAAGUGCAUUCUAGGAAAAUCCUUGCUAAUUCUCUCCUCUUUUAAUUGAUUUUUAUAAUUUGUAUCUAUUAUUCAUCUUCAAUAUUGACUAAAACUGAAGACUUCAUCCCACCCAGUGACUCUAACCUGAUUAUACCUUAAGUAUUCUGCCUAACCCUCUUCACCCAUUAAUUUAUGGAAAAUUGAUGAUGGGAUGUAUACGGUAAAAACCACUCUUAUGGACACUAUUGGGCAGUUUGUUCAGUCUGUAAUUUUCAUAUAGGGAUAUGAAUUUAUUACGAAAUAUAAUAAUGGAGGAAAUUUUUAUAAAGAAACUGCAUUUUUUGCUAUAAAUGGGUAUGGUGAAUCUUUUAAGUAUUGCUAUGAUUCUCUGUGUGAUGUGAUAAGCUGCAAAAAAUCAGCAAUUUCUGACUUUAGAACUGAAAUAUACAUACUGUUGGUAUUAGGGAUUAUAGUGCUUUCUAUAGGCAUUGUAAUAAUGGUCCCAUUUUGCAACUCUGCUAUCAAAACUGAAAAUAUACUAUGAAAUAAUAUAAGAAAAUAUGCAACUAAAAAUUACCUUGAGCUUAAGCAGUCUUGUAUUUUAAGGCUUAACUCAGUCCACAAUCAGCAUGAAACAGUUAUCUUCAACGGAAAUCGAUCAAAAAAUUUGUUAAGCUUCAGGAGCUAUUGGAAAUAUAUAUGAAGGGUCACCUUAUUUUUAAUAGCAACUUCAAUAUUCUGCAUAAUAAAUAUUACUUAUUUCUAUCAAAAAUGUGCAGAUUAUUUAAUAUUUAGGUUCGACAAAUUUAUACGAAACUGUCAGAAGUCGACUUAAAGAACCUGAUCUAAGUAAUGUUAAGACAAACCGUUUAAAGUCGAUUAUGCGAAUAAUAUAAGAGUAGCGAUAAUCAAUUUUUUUUGACAUAAAUUGAAUAGUAAUUUUUUUAUUUUUUGCAGUCUGUUAAGAACAAAAAUAGGGAAGUCGGUUAUAAGAAAUAGAGUGAAGUCGUUUAAAUAGUAAUUGAUCGAGUCGAAUAAAAGAAAUCGUUUUUUGAAGUCGUCUUUGUGAAAUAUAAUCAAGUCGAGUAGUGCAAACAUAAGAAAAACAUGAUAAAUGCCUUCAAGUCUGGAUUGUGAAAUCUAUAGAGGUCGACUAUAAGAAAUAUCAUAAAGUCGAUUAUAAGAAAUAAAUUCAUUCUCUCGACUUGACAGCUUUCAUCAUCUGAUAGUGAAGAAAAACGAUAAACCCUUUGAAGUCUAGGCAAAAAUCUAAGUCGUUUUUAUGAAACCGUUAGAAGUCAGGUUAACGAAACUCAAGAAGUAGGUUAUAGACAAAAGCAUUCAAGUCGAUUAAUUUUUACCAUUAUGAUAAAAAUAGGCAAGUCGGUUAUAGCAAAUUUUAAUAUUACGAGUAAUACUAAUCUUAAAUAAUAAAACUUUAAAUAUUGUUAAAAGAAAAUUAUUAGAAAUUAUUAAAAUUAAGUAUUUCUAUCAAAAGAUCAAUUCUUUCAGGAAACAGACCUAUGCUUCAAAAGCCAGUAGAAAUAUAGAGCAUAAUCUUCAAGUUCCUUAUCAUUUCUUGGGUGGAAUCCGUUUUUAUAAGCUCUGAGCCUCUUCAUUCUGCUUCAUAAAUUCUCGAUAUUAUUGGUUGUGAACCUUCCCGUGCCAAAGUCUCUAUUAUGGUAGACAAUCGAAUGCAGAUAUCCAAUUGCUGGCAGCUGCUCAGCCAUCACUAAAAAUUUCAGUUGGAUUUUGCUGGAUCAUUACAAACUGAAUUUAUAAUAUAUCCUUCUAAAUUUUCCCAGCUUCUAUCAUUUCCAACAUAAUAUACUUUGAAAUCUUCAGUUCCUCUACUUUUAUUUUAAUGGAAGAUUCGGAAAGUAAUGUUUCCUAUUCUUCUUCCUUUUGUGAAGAAAACGGAGCUUUACAGGAUGAAUUUUUCGAACUUUUACUAUUAAAUGAACUUAUUGAUACAGGAUUACUUGAUAAUUCUGAAUCAGAAUAUGAAUGAAAUGAUAGUGAUACAGAAAAUGUUGAUACAGAUGACAAAACAUUGGAGUUUUUAAGUCGUUUAGAUGGAAAAAUACUAGAUGAAAUAGAUCCUAUUCAGGAAACCUUCAAAUAUAGGAAGACUGAGGUGAUCAUUGAUGAUAAGAAGACAAUCGAUAAGAAAAUCCUGAACACCAGAAAAAUAAAAAUUAGAUCAGAUUCAAAUUUUAUCAGAAAAAUAAAAUUGAUAUCAGAAUCAAACAUUAUCAGGAAAAUAAAAUUUAGAUCAGAUUCAAAUUUCAUCAGAAAUAGAAAAUUCAUAUCAGACUCAGAAAUCGAAAAAAUCGCGGAUUACGUGGGUUCAGAAAAUUUUACUAAAAUUUUAUCCAAAGAUUUUAGAAAAGAAGAAAGUUAAAAAAUUUUUAAUCGGGAUGGCCCUGAAAUAAAGGCCUUUAAGUAAUAAAGAUUUCUCUCUCUCUCUCAGUUCCUCUGUCAUAGAGACCAAAUAACCAUUUAGUAUCGCCAUCUAUUGUUGCCAAAUGAGUUUCGUCGACUUCAACCGUUGGAUGACCUUCGCCAGCUUCAUUCUCUAUGCCAAGUUGAGUAUCUGUGAAAUAUUCUUCUGUUACUUUUUCUUUAAUCAAAGCUCUUAUUUUCUUGAAGAGCUUUAUCACUGAAUCUCUUGAAAUCUCUGAGUCUUCAACUAUAGUAAUAAGAGGAUGCUCUCUAACGAGACAACGAAAAAUCAACAGCACGAUUUGCCUUAUUUGUAGCCUGGAUCUGUAAAAUAUAGAGCUUCUUCUGACAGAUAAGCUUAUGUUGCAAUUUAAACAACGGAGAAAAAGGACUUUCAUUGCGCAAAUACAUAACACAAUUUCCAUGGCAUAAGUCACACAUAUGUUUGGCUUGAGGAUUCCAACUUCUUGGCACCAGGCGAUUGCACUUUCUUCUGAUCUUAACAUUUCUUGGAAGUGUCCAUAGAUGGGAUGCAUAAAACCGUUCAGCCAUUAUUAUUAUUACUUAAUAAGAGAAUUUAAUAAGCCCCUUAAAUAAUAAUUAGAAAUUAUAAUUACGCUAAAUUACUUCAGCCUUCUAGGAGGCUGUCCUAAUCCUUUAAAUAGGAUUAAUUAUUUAAUAAAAGUAUCAUAAAGCAAUUAUUUUAAAAAAAAAUUAAUAUAUAUUAAAAUUUUGCUAUAACCCGACUUGCCUAUUUUUAUCAUAAUGGUAAAAAUUAAUCGACUUGAAUGCUUUUGUCUAUAACCUACUUCUUGAGUUUCGUUAACCUGACUUCUAACGGUUUCAUAAAAACGACUUAGAUUUUUGCCUAGACUUCAAAGGGUUUAUCGUUUUUCUUCACUAUCAGAUGAUGAAAGCUGUCAAGUCGAGAGAAUGAAUUUAUUUCUUAUAAUCGACUUUAUGAUAUUUCUUAUAGUCGACCUCUAUAGAUUUCACAAUCCAGACUUGAAGGCAUUUAUCAUGUUUUUCUUAUGUUUGCACUACUCGACUUGAUUAUAUUUCACAAAGACGACUUCAAACGAUUUCUUUUAUUCGACUCGAUCAAUUACUAUUUAAACGACUUCACUCUAUUUCUUAUAACCGACUUCCCUAUUUUUGUUCUUAACAGACUGCAAAAAAAUAAAAAAUUACUAUUUAAUUUAUGUCAAAAAAAUUGAUUAUCGCUACUCUUAUAUUAUUCGCAUAAUCGACUUUAAACGGUUUGUCUUAACAUUACUUAGAUCAGGUUCUUUAAGUCGACUUCUGACAGUUUCGUAUAAAUUUGUCGAACCGAUUAUUUAUAUUACAGGCCUGAAGUUACCAAACAACUAAUUACAUCUCAAGUUUUGUUUACAAAUUUCAAUAUAUGAAUCACAGAAGCAGCUAUGCAGACCCCAGGGUUUUCACUAGCAGAUAUGCUACCGCUAGGCAGUCCUUUUAGCAAUGCUAUAUUAAAUUUAGAUGAAAUAAUAGCUCAAAUAAAAUCAUCUCAGCUUACUUUUAGAAAAUCCAAACAUUCUGAGAUUUUACCUAGAAGUCUUAAAAAACAGUUUUUUGAAAAAGAUAGCUGUGAAAUUAAAGAGCACAAUUUUGGGGUUUUUUCAGGAGGAGAAAUCUCAAUAUUUGACGGAUUAUUAGUUUCAAGAUUACAAGGAGACGCAGUCGAUGUGUGGCUUGCUUUGAUGGUUAGCCUACAAGAACUAGAUACCGAUUAUAAUGAAUUGAUUGAGAAAUAUAAUCAAUAUUCACAAAGUGUGAUAGAUGAUCAAAUGAGCGUGAUUAUUGGAGUUUUGGCAAUUUUUAUUGUCAUUUCGAUUGUGAUGUAUUUUGGGGUUUAUUUGAUAUUUUUUAGAAACGAGAAAAAAUAUUUGCAAAAAAUAAAUUCAAUGCUGCAGAUUAUGCCUGAAAAAGUUAUAAAUAUUCGUGAUAUAUAA